AUGAGGAAUCCGUAUGUUGGAGCGUUAACGCCGUCUAACGUGUUAAAUUCGCAGCAAUUAUUAUCGGAGUUUGAACAAUUCAUUAGAAGAGGGCCAUGGGAAGAUGCCAUCAAAUUACUCAAGCAUCUGUCGCAGCAGCAUGCAGCACAGAAAACACUCCAGCCUUCUUCACAUUCUUUAUCUCCGCAGCCGCCGCCCCGGAAACCUCUACGUAACCCUACUCCAUCCCGCUGCCAACCCGAAUCCGAACUGAAAAUUCAUCCAUGGCGUCCGCCAACACCGCCGCCCUCCCCAGUGCCUCUCCCAACGCCGGAUUUUCCCAGCAUCCUACGCGAAGAACGUCCCCAGAUAGAGAGGAUCGCGAAGGAUUAUUUCCGAUGGAAAGGAGUCAAAGAUACAGCGAAGCUUGAGCGAAUUCAAAAGAUUACUGCACAGCUUCUAGGGGACAGAUCAGAGCUCAAUAAUAUAUGGAGCGUCAAGUAUGACAUAUUUCCAAGGGGCAGGCUGGUACUGCUAUAUAUCGCUCACGAACUCGACGAAACAGCUUCUACCAUCCAUGUUCCGGGAGUCAGGCGCUCAACAGCCGCGAUCGAAAAAUACGCAGCGGAUUCCGGAAGGCAGAAAAGAUCGAUUAAGGACGACCGGAAAUACGGACGGCAGUACCUGUCUUUGCUUCAGAAUUCUGGCCCGGGUGAUGUGAUUUGCCUUAACCUGAGUAGUGACACCUGGACCCGCAAAGUUGUAGAUGGUGAAGUAGAACUUGCCCUGGAGUUUCGAAAGCUGGUUUUGCAGGCCCAGGAUGUGGAGUCUCAGAAAUUUGAGGCUGCGGAGGCUCAGAGACUCAAUAUUCUCGGUGCCAAACUGAUAAUUGAGGGUUUCCUGCGGUAUGGCUGGGACUACGAGGGGCUCUCACGGUGCCAGGGUCGGGUUAUGAUGGCCUUGUUCAAUCAUAUCGAUCGAUCAGAACUUGCGAAAGGAAACAUUGAACCAAAAAGAGAAGCCAUUGACCGACAAUCGGUAUCUGGCGGAAUACCCCCAAUCCCUUGGGGGCCAAAUCGUGCAAACAGGGCGAGAGAGGGGUCUAUUUUCAACCCACAGAGGGAGGCUUCAGCUCCCCUAAACAGUCCAAAGGACAAUGUCAAUGAGGGUAUCGCUGAAGACUGUCCUAAUGACUAUGAGCCUAAUCACGGGGCUUCGAUGGGCGGUGGAGGCCAGGCAUUUGACGGAAUACCAUCUGCUAGGUGUGAGACGACACCCGGCUCCGACACCGAUGGUGAUACUCAACGUUCGUCUCUGUCGCCAUCCGCCGAAGGCGAUCCCAGCAACUACGGCCCUCACGCCAGUGGUAAUAGUGAGAUCGGAAGCGCUACAGAGACUCAGAGCUCGUCUCUCUUGUCUGAUGGUAGGUCCGAAGAUGGCACAAUAGGGAGCAAUGAGACAACGACGUCCUCUACCCCACCGCCCCCAGAUUUUCCUGUCGGAGCCGCUGCAGAGCAAGCUCGCGCGAACAAGCGGCCCUACUUAGCAGAUGAAGAUAGUGAGCACCAGGAUUGGCAACGAAGGAGAUUGAUAGGGGAGAGGGAAAGCGAUAGAUUUGCCGGACAUAGUCCAGGGUCACCUUUAGCUUCGGAGAGACGGACACAACUCGAUGCCUUACCACCAGAAAUCAUUUAUAAUACACCGCAUAUGCAUAUGCACCAAGAAGAUAACAAUAGCGAUCCUGACCAAAAUGCUGAAGCCCAACCGAAAGAAGUUCUCGAGAUGGAUUUAUGGUGUCUCGACAACGACUUUAACCUUUGGAUGAGAUCACUUCCAUCCCCAUCAUCGCAUUUAUCCACCAACCUCAGUUGA